GUAGAAGCAGCAGCAGCAGUCGGUACUUGCUGACGAAAGACUGCACUUAGUUGUGCUGACAGUUAAGGAAGGAAAAUUUAUAUUGGAAAAAAAAGGAGGAAAGAAAAAAAAAGCAUAACAUACACCCCCAUCCCCCGCAUACACACACUCAUGUACACAAGAAGGGGGUAGGAAAUAUUGAAAAGAAAAAGAAAAAAGAAGGAAAAAGAGAAACAGAAGAAAGAAAUCCGAACCAACCAAACAACCGAAAGAACUGCACUAAUUUCUAAAGCAAGAAAUUCUUAGACGUGUAAGGAAUUACCAUUAAUACCACUUCAACUAUUACUACUGCUACAAAUAGAAUACGGUAAUUAUUGGUACUGAAAGUAUCAUAACAAAAUUGAUGAUAAAACACAAUUUUAAGUAGUAACCACAACAGUACUAUUAUUAUUAUUAUUACUGAACCGAAAGCGAAGAAGUGGAUAUUUGAAGUGAAAUAUAUGCAUUUUAUACACACAAGCAUACACAUACCUCUAAAUAUAAAACAUAUAUAUCCAUCCACGAAAAAUCUAUCUAGAUAUAUUUCGAUAUGUUAUUAACUAAAGCAAAACAGCAACAGGAAGAAUAGAAAACAAGAGUAAUUUUAACAGCAACUGAAGCCUGUGAAUUUCCUUGGCUAUCCUAAAGCUUCCUACAUAUUCAUUCAGUAUCUCUCUCCACCACCACCCUCUCUCUUUCUUUUAUAUAUAUAUAUAUACAGAGAGAGAGAGAGAGACAGGAUUUCAUAACGAACUGUAGUGUGUUUUACACUUAUUCUACUUCUCCGGCUGGUGAAGAAUACACAGCCACCAGUUAAGUCGUUUUUGCUGUUAAAAAUCUUUAUUUUUCAGCUCCUACAAUUUUUUUUUUACCUCCUACAACCAAGGAAGGACCUUACUACGCGACACAUUUCUCAUUUACCAAAGAUCUUGGGACUUUAGAUAAUUAUUCUACCAAAGGAUAUUUUCUGCGUUGCUUUUUCGAUUCACAAUUAUUUUUUUUUACAUAUAAUCACUCACACACAUCGACACACGCACACAAUAAAACACUUGCAGACAUGCAUACGUAGAUCAACACAUAGAUGGAGCUACAUCAGUAUAAGCCCACAUGAAAUAAAUACACAUACUACCGGAGACAUAAACCUACAUACUUGCCUCUGUCUAGUAAUCUAUUCUCUCUUUCACACACACACAUUCUUCCUCUGAUAUACAUAUAUAUACACACACACACAUAUAUAUAUAUAUACAUAUAUAUAUAAAAUAUCGUUUUAACAACAAAUUAAGAACACAGUUUUCUGGAGGAAUAUAUUGGAUGUAUAGUAAUAACAUACACCUGUAUAAAUACAGGCACAUGUAUGUAUAUAGAGGCAUGUGUAUAUGAUAUGGAAGGAAGCAACCGACAGCCAAAAUAUCGGAGAGUCACUAAGCCUCGCAUGACACGGCCAUAAAAAUCUAACGUGCAAAACGUCUCAGCACUUUUGUCUCUGAGUCCGAGUGCUUCUGCUGCAAAGUGCACGUGCCUGUAUGUUAGAUGCAUGCACAUGCCUAUUUGGAGGCGUGUGUGCAUGUGUAUGAAUGAGUGGAUGUGCGUGGGCAUGAAUGAAAUUGCCUUCUCGUAUUUAGUGUGUAUUUAAAAGGCGUGUCGCUACCAUUUACAUACAUACAUACAUAUAUACAUACAUACAUAUAUAUAUAUUGAUGGUAUAGUUAUGUGUGUUUACGCAAGUAUAUAUAAUUAAAAUCUAACGUAAUUGAAAUACUAUAUUCUGUCUCUGUGUGAAUCUAUUCAUAAAAUUUAUAUAGAAAUGGAGAGGAAAAAAAUCUCGUUUACCCCGGAUCUAUGGAACAUGUAUUGUACCAAGUUAAACAGAUGAAGAUGUCCUACUCAUCACAUUGUUGAUAUUUUUUUCAACCACGGAUUAAUAUUUAUGGAGAAAAAAAAGAAAAGAUAAAAUACGAAAAAAAAAAAAAAGAAAUUAAAUUCCACUCCAAAAUACCGUCAGGAUGAAACAACAACGACGACAAUAAAAAAAUUAGGAAAAGCAACAUCUAGUCUAACACUAUCACAAGUGUAACAGCAUUAUUACACCACAUUGUAACACGAAGACAUAAUUCUUAUUAGUAUUGCUGUUGUUCUAAAUGCAACUACAGCAGUGAUAAAAUAUAUUCCAAAUAAUUUCUGUGAUUAUCCUGCGAUACAAUCUAUUCCCAACUCGGACCAUAUCUGCACUUGUGGUUAUCUAGCAGAUCAUUUUACCAACACAAGAUGAGACACUUCCAGACGACGUGAGGUCAUCAUAACGUAUGCCCUGUGCCUAGAGCUGUGAUUUGCAACCGACAUUUAAUUACCAAGUCGGAUAUGAACUAAAAAAAAUCUACAAAUGAAACCAACCAAGAGAUAAUAUUACUAUUUCAUAAUGGAUGGCAAUUCUAAGAGUAAAAAUAGGGAGUCUCGAACUCACAGGGCACGCCGAGCCAAAAAUUCGGGAAGCAGAACUUACAGCUCUUCAGAUGAAGAUUUUCACUCGGAUGAUAACCUUCGUCCCUACGAGGAAGUUAAAAUCGCACACCAUGACAAAAAAUUGUCUGGUUUAGUAAGGUACUCAAGGUAUACAGGCUGGCCAGCAGGCGCAGCACCUCCUUCUGUUAUGGCUUAUGGGGCCUGCCCACUGCAACAGUGCAAUGCAGACCAGAGUCCAACAAUGGCACCAGAUGAUAUGGCCGACUUCUAUAACUAUGCAAGCGCUGGGUCAGACGGUGACAUCGAGACAGACUACGGCAUAUCUUCCUCACACCCCCGGUUCAGUCACCGGCAAAAAUCAACUAACGCAUCCCACCACCAUAUAGACUCUGAGAGUUCGUCUCUCUCUUCAUCAGCUGGCCUUGCUAGUAGCCACUUGAAAGACGCAAAUGUCUGCGCGAAACUCUCUGAUUCAGACGGCACCGAUCAAGAAACUGCUACCAUACAUUACGGCCAUGCAGGAACACUACAGUUACCACCACCAUCUUUACCUCCACCUCCACCUCCACCCCCAAUUGAAGACAUUCCCCAAAGAAGUCCUGUUGCAUCAACGCGAAGGAAGUCCUUUGGUCCUUCACAGCGUGGAAAUUAUUCGGAGGUGGAGAACACGUGUCGCAGAUGCAACUAUUCUGAAGGAGAAGGUGACUUUGAGCAACAUUAUUUGGUGCAGACCACAUCAAGUAAUGUAUUCUUGCCACCAGAUGCUCAGCCAAGGUUCCCACGAACUGUUCCUCCUGCCAGACAAGGGUCAGUUGGACAGGGACAGUACCAACAAGUUUCAGGAUCUGAUUAUCCCAGACACUUCCAGAAUGGCGAUCCUAAUGCCAUGAAUCAAGCCACACUAGAUAGACACACUUACACGUUCCCCCAGUUUGCUGCCACAGCGACAACGGUGACAACAUACCCUCCACCACCUCAGGACUAUACAGUAUGUUAUUCCAAAUUUAGCAACGCCAGCCAUCGGGUUAAGAAACAGUUAAAGCAACGCUGCAGUUGGAAGUGUAUGGCCUUGCUCCUGCUUAUCAUCUCGGUCGCUUUACUUGCCUGUGUAGCCUAUUUUGCAGCCAUGUUGGUAUUUGAAGAGAAAGAGCGAGUUGCCAAUGAUGCAAGUCCCCAAUAUAUCGACGGUGCCUUUAAUACGUCUCGCGGCAGUGGUGGUGGUUACAGUACUGCUGGGGGAGGUAGUCGAGGUUCCUCAUCUACAACUGCAUUGCCAAGCCCUUCAAUUGUGCAUCUUGGCCAACUCCAACAACUGAAGAUUCCACCCAAAUCGUUUUGGCAGUCAAAGUUUGAACAACUUGACCCAGGUUUUAUCAAGAUCAACUUUACCAUCCCUGAUCAUGCUGUACUAGGUAUAUACGGACGGAAAAACCUACCGCCAACACAUGUCCAAUUUGAGUUUUUUGAAAUUUUCAGUGGCUCGAGACUGGUGAAAAGGUCACUAUCUUGGAGAGAUAGCCCAGGCAAGAACACAGCUAUCAUUCAGUACUUGACUGCAGGAGUGUGGUACUUUGCCAUCUACAAUGACAACAACAAACCACAAAAGGUGGCAUUUGUCACCAAUGUAAAAGGUCAUCUAGACACGAAUUGUCUGCAUGAUUGCUACCACCAUGGAGAAUGUAAAAAUAAAAGAUGUAUCUGUUACCCUGGAUACUCUGGCAAAUACUGUGGCCAAAAUACAUGUCCUGUAUUGUGCAAUGGUAACGGUUAUUAUAAUGAAGGUUUAUGCCAGUGCCAUCCAGGCUGGAAGGGACAAGAAUGUGAGAUUCCAGCCAAUGCCUGCGAGGUGCCUGACUGUAAUGGAAAUGGAGAAUGUGUUCAUGGUCAAUGCAUCUGCAAUAAUGGUUACAAAGGUCCAGACUGCAGUGUUCUGGACUGCAUAAACAACUGCUCUAGCAAUGGCCUAUGUAGCCUGGGUCGAUGCAUAUGUUUCCAGGGCUACAAAGGUCCUAGUUGUAACCAGCAGGACAUUAUUAACCUUGAGCAUCUCUGCUCUAAGGACUGCUCAGGUCAUGGUACCUAUAACAUUAAGACGGACCAAUGUAACUGCGAUUGGCACUUCACUGGUGAAAAGUGUGAAACAGAAGUCUGUCUUUUGGACUGUUUCCAUGGUUACUGUGAGAAUAAAGAGUGUGUUUGUCACAAUGGAUGGACUGGACCCCUCUGUGACAUGUUGGCUUGUGAUCCUCGGUGUGAUAGUCAUGGCUUCUGCAACAAUGGAACUUGCAUCUGCAAAACUGGAUGGAAUGGGAAACAUUGUACCUUAGAUGGAUGCCCUGGUGAAUGUAAUGGAAAUGGGGACUGCCAAAAAUACCUGGAAGGCUGGAAGUGCAGCUGUAACAAAGGAUGGAAAGGAAAAGCUUGCGACAUUGCCAUUGAAAGUGCUUGUGAGGAUCGUGUGGACAACGAUAAAGAUGGCUUACGCGACUGCCAGGAUCCAGAUUGCUGUGAUAGUAGAGUCUGUAAAGGAGACUCAAACUGCAAAACUUCACCAGACCCAUUAGAUAUACUUUUGAGAAAGCAGUCGACCAGUACAACCGCAUCAUUUUUUGAGAAAAUGAAGUUCCUUAUAGAGAAUAACAGUGUGCAGACCUAUGCUACCAGACAUGCCUUCAAUGAAAGCCAAGUAUCCGUGAUUAGUGGAAGUGUGCUGACCAGAGAUGGAAGUUCCCUUAUUGGUGUGAGAGUAGGAGUAGUCACUCAACCGCUUUAUGGAUAUACAUUUACUCGAGCUGGAGGAAGGUUUGACAUUUUAGUCAAUGGUGGUGGCUCAGUGACACUACAGUUUAACAGAGAGCCGUUUCCUGCUCAAAGUGCAAGCGUUCUCGUACCUUGGAACCAAAUCAUAACAAUGGACACAGUUAUCAUGACUUUGGAAGAUGACGACUGGAUAGCACCAAAUCCAAUCCUGUGCAAUGUUGAACACCAAUACUAUCUGCUACGGCCAGUUGUCCUCUCAACUUGGCAACACACCCAGCUUGGUGCCUGUCCAGAGAAGACCACUAUCAUCCCAGAGUCUCAGGUCCUACAGGAGAGCUUGUCCAUUCCUCACACCAAUGUUCAUUUAGUCUAUCACAGUAGUGAAUCUGCCGGAUAUAUGUCAGUUAUUUUGAUUCAGAUGACGCCUAGUAGGAUCCCAGAAUCCUUAGCUGUGGUGCAUCUGAGAGUGUCUGUAGAAGGAAUUGUUAUGGAGAAGGUCUUUGAAGCUGAUCCAAACCUCAAGUAUACUUUUUCUUGGAAUCGUCGAAAUGUUUACCGCCAGAAAGUUUAUGGUAUUGUUACAGCUAGAGUGUUUGUUGGGUACCAGUACCAAAACUGUCAUUACAUCUUCUGGGAAGCUCGGAGUACAACAAUGAGUGGCUAUGAUUUAACAUCUUCUGAGAUUGGUGGAUGGAAUUUGGAUAUUCACCAUACAUAUAACUUUCAGGAAGGAAUCCUGCACAAAGGUGAUGGCACCAACAUUUACCUGAAAGAGAAACCGAAAAAACUUGUUAACAUUCUUGGAAAUGGUUCCCGUCGCAAAUUACUUGGAGACAACUCUGAUGGGAAGGCACUGGACAAGCAGCUGCUUGCACCGGUGGCCCUUGCAAGUGGACUUGAUGGGAGCUUGUACGUAGGCGAUUACAACCUGAUACGCAAACUGUCUCCAAGUAGAGAAGAAGUGGCUAGUAUCUUACAGAUGAGCACAUCAUCCAUAGCCUACAAAUAUUACAUGACUGUGAGUCCUGUUGAUGGCCGCCUCUACAUAUCAGACUCUAUGAGUCAUAAGAUUCUGCGAGUAAAGACAAUGGGUCCAGUACGACGCCUUGAAGAAAACUUUGAAGUCAUUGCUGGUAAUGGGGAGGAAUGUACACCUGGAGAGACUGCUCUCUGCGGGGAUGGAAGCUUGGCUGUGAAAGCUCGCUUGAGUCAUCCUAAAGGUAUUGCAAUCAACAAAGAUGGUGUCAUCUACUUCGCUGAUGGUCCCAACAUUCGCCAUGUCAGUACCAAUGGCCGCAUCAGCACCCUAAUUGGUUCUCAAGAACUGGUUGGUAAAUGGACACCAUUGCCAUGUGAUGAAAUUGUAUCUGCCGACAAGGUGAGCCUUCGUUGGCCAACUGCUUUGGCCAUUGACCCUCUGGAUGAUACGCUUCACAUACUCGACAACAAGGUGGUGCUGAAAUUCACCUUGGACAAGAAGCUCAUUGUUGUUGCUGGUCGACAAGCGCACUGUCCAUUAAAACAGACAAGCUUCUUACCAACCGGCAUCCUCUCUGAUGACGAGCAGGCCUCAAGUAUCGCCAACCAUGUUAGUUUAUCUUCUCCUGAAAGUAUGACAUUCAGUCCUCACGGAGACUUGUAUAUUGUAGAGAGUGACAGUCACCAAAUCAACCGAGUGAGGGUUGUUACGACUGAUGGAAGAAUUCAUCAUUUUGCUGGAGCAAAAUCGAAAUGUGACUGUGAAAAACCGAACUGUAAAUGCUAUGAUUCCAAAGAAACCCUGGCAGCUCAAGCGUUGCUAUACACACCCACAUCAAUAACAGUUACACCCGAUGGCGUGAUGCAUAUAGCUGACAUGGGAAAUUUGCGCUUGUAUUCUAUUGUUUCUGAACUUCCUCAACCUAACUUGCUCAAUCAAUAUGAAGUGAUGUCUCCUGAAACUCAAGAAUUGUAUAUAUUUAACAAGAACGGUCAGCACCAGUAUUCAAUAAACAUAAUGACCAAUCUAUUCAUGUACAACUACACAUACAGUGUCAAUUCCUUCUAUGGGAAACUGGUAGAAGUGUCUGAUGCAGCUGGCAACCGCAUCCAAAUUAAACGCAGCUUUGACUUGCAAGCACAGUUCAUUUUGGCACCAGAUGGUUCAAAAUGCAAGAUCAACACAGACAACAUUUACCUGCUGCACCGUUUUAUUGCACCUGACAACAAAUCAUCCACAUUCAAAUAUCUCCCAAGCUCAGGACUGCUGGUUUCCAAGCACAUGUCCAAUGGGAAAACCUACUUUUAUGAGUACGACAUGAUGGGACGACUCCUGAAGGGGAGCCAGCCAACUGGAGAGAUUACUUCAUUGGAGACAGAUGUGAACACAACAGGUUCCAUUGUGCAUGUAACUACUGAUAGCAGUGAUGCAGUCGCGUUGGCUACCUAUGGACGUGUGCAGUCUGUUUUGCAUGUAUUCAAAGAGGACACGAUGUUAAGCGCAGGGAUUGAUCGUGCAGUCCAGACUAAAGUCACAUACCUCCCAGAUGGCGCUGUUGUCAUCGUCUUUCCAUCGAACCUUACUGUUGCCUUGGAAACCAGAGGUCAUCCGAUCCUCGAGAGUAAACAUAGGAUGCAUUUCAAGCGGAAAAUGAUCAUUCCAAAUUUGUAUGUGCACAGACUGGAGUGGCGCUUCUACCUUGACCGAUCUGGUCGUCCAAAACAGAACCGCUUACUUGAACGGAUUGGACGUCGAUUGAGGGUAGGGCCAUACUUCUCCCGGCAUGCCAGCAUGCAUGGUUCGCAUGACGACGGAUACAAAGGAAAAGCAUUGCUGAUAAACGGUGUCAACUUGUUGACUGUUGAGUACAACCGGGAGACAAACACAGAAACUGUAAUGGACAAGUCUAUGAGAGACAUACUAACAGUUGUCUACGACAACACUGGCCUGCCAACCCAUUUUCUGCCCAACACUGGUCACAAUGACUUGAAUAUUAGCUACACCAGACACGGCGCAGUAGAGAAAUGGCAAUAUGGUGAACUUACUGAACAACGCAUGUACGAGAAGGGAAUGAUGGUGGAAAAGAUUUCCACAAAUGGCGCUCAAUAUCGGUAUAUUUAUAGUUACGGGCUUAAACCAACUGACAUUAUUCUUCCAAGUGGUAAGCAAUACCGGUUCCAUUAUGAUUCAGAAGGCAAUCUGAUUUCUGUGACAAUGCCCAGCUUAGGAGUGCAUAGAUUUGCUUAUGUCACAUCGAUCAGAUUCCAGCGUUAUCUAUACUACCCACCCAAGGCUCAGUUACCAUUCAUCAAGGACAUUGAUGGAAAUGGAAAGCUGCGGCAGAUCCUGUAUCCAAGUGAACGCAAGCGAGUCAUCUAUAGAUAUAACAACCACUUUCAGCCCGUCACUAUUCUGUUUGAUGACUCUCACAUCAGCUAUGGCUACGACAGUCAGACUGGGAAGCUGAACAAACUUGAAGCCUUUUACACGGGUUAUGGAUGCCAGUAUCUGUAUUACCACAGCAGUACCUUAAUUAGUAGCAUCGAAGUUCAAUUCCAGCAAGACAGGCAACUUAUCGGUGCCAAAUCUUUCUAUAACUAUGACAACAACUUCCGGCUUACUUAUAUGCACAUUGUGUUCACCAAUAACGAGACGACAUCGACUAAUUUCAGCUAUAAUACCAACACUGGGAAACUGGCUAAUAUUAAGCAGUUUAAAGUAAACUGGCCCUUACCUGACAGAGAGAUAAUCUCUGAUGAAAAUGUGAAAAUCAACCGAGAAUACGACCAUUACGGAAGACUGAAAGACAUUGAGUACAAGUUUAUAGAAGCUCAACGUUUUAAACUUGAAAUUAACUACGACCACACGAAUCGAAUUCAUGAAUGGAGACGAAAAAUUGGUCAUGUGAAUUCUGAAGCAGUGGAAUAUGUUUAUGAUAUUGAUAACAAUGUUAUUGAUGUGCUAAUUGAUGACAAACGAGCUUGGCACUUUGGCUAUGACGCCAAUGGAAACAUAGCCAAAAUCACAACUGAUGGUCGGACAAAAGAACUGCACUUUGAUGAAGCCGAUCAUAUUAAGAAAUACGGGGAAAAGUACUACAAAUUUGACCCUGAUGGUUUCAUGGUACAGCGUAAUAAGGAACACUUGUAUUUUAACUCUCUUGGUCAGUUACGUUCAGUGACGAAAACUGAGGAAUAUAAAGUGUUUUUCUCCUAUGAUCCAAUUGGGAGACUUGUUGUUUUUAAAGACCUUGUAGGCAAUGUGCUGCAGUAUUUUUAUCUGGAUGUGGAACAUCCUGAACGAAUAACACACACCUACAAUCAUGGAAAUGGGGACACUACACAAUAUCAUUAUGAUGAACUUGGCCAUUUAGUAAGCAUGGAACGGCGUGGAAAUUCCUACUAUAUUGCAAAUGAUCCAACUGGAACUCCUCUUGUUGUUUUUGACAUCCAAGGGAAUGUUAUGAAACAAAUGAGUUAUGAUCCACUUGGUUCAGUAACCUCAGACACUAAUCCCCAUUUUGAAUUCUCUUUUGGUUUCCAAGGAGGAAUCCACAAUCCAAUUACAAAACUUUUACACAUUAGAAACCGAGUUUAUGAUCCACAAAUAGGACGAUGGGUCGCACCCGACUUUUCAAAUGUAUUUGAAAAGGUCAAAGAUGCAAUUGAGAAACCAGAGGUGUUAAAUAUCUACCAAUAUCACUUAUUAGUCAAUUUACAUACGAAAAAUCGGAAAUACCCAUUAACAGAUCUUGCCGACUGGCUGCUGCUUCUGGGUUAUGAUGUACGGAGUUUAGCACCAGAUGUCACUUAUACUGGUGAAAUUCGAGGCCACAAGAAGGGUUGCCAUGACGUCGAGUUGCUACCAACAUCAUCUGCAUUUGAGUGCACUUUCCGCCGUGACAUGGACAACUUACUUAUGAUGUCAACUGUAUCGAGUUCGAAAAUCACACCAAAGCAGCCAACCCCUGUCUUAAAGCCAGCACAUGUCCCUUUUAUUCUUGGGAAUGGAAUCAUUCUAUCAGUGGUUGAUGAGCGUGUUCUUGUAAACUUUGUCGAUAACACCCCAGAGAUCUUACGUAAAACUGCCAGUGUUUUGUUGAACAAUUCGGAUAUUAUUGAUAUGCACUUCACAAUUAAAGGCAAAGCUAUCCACUACUUUGUCAAAGUUGAUACCAACCAGGCUGACAUGGAUCUUGGCAGUCUUAAUUUACGGGGCAAGCCAGUGGUUUUCAUGGAAAAUGGUAUCAACAUCACAGUACACAAGAUCCAACAUACUGACGGCUUUCACGCAAGAAGCCACGAGGAAAUCGACAUUCGGUUGCACGGCAACUACAGUAUCAUGAACAUUCGGUACGGGACUGAUGCAACUCACGAGAAGCACCGGGUUCUGCAGCAUGCUAAAGAGCGUGCCGUGAUGCAUGCUUGGGCUCGGGAGAAAUAUUGGCUGCAGAAUAGCUUGCCAAGUGAAUACCUGUGGUCCGAGCAAGAGAAAUAUGAAAUCAAAACUGUAGGUUAUGCUGAAGGAUAUAUCGGGAUAUACAUUCGAAAUCCUGAAGAAUAUCCAGAGCUCGCUGAUGAUUGCAAUAAUAUUAGGCUGCUUAAAAGGACAAGAUAAAAUAAUAAUAAUAAUAAUAAUGAUAAUAAUUAUUAUUCCUUAUUUUGUAAAGAAAUAAAAAAAAAA